CCUAAACAUGUCACCACAGUAUGGUUUGUGCUACCAAAGAAACAGAGUAGUCACGUAUCAUUCACCAAAAAACAAACCAUUCCAAUUCAAAUGGAUUGCUCUGUAUUUCACUCCCUUAGCUCCGAUUUCUCGCCGGAUUCCUCUCUAUUUCACUCCCUAAACUCUGAUUUCUCGCCGGAUUCCUCGUUUGGCUCACCAGAAUCUUUUUCCUGGAAUGGGCUCGACUUCGCCAAUUACCUUCCCUUCAAUGAAAAUGACUCUGAGGAGAUGCUUCUCCUCGGAGUCCUGGCAGAAGCGGCCCAAGAAAUCUCAGAAACCGUUUCCACUGAUCAAAUCAAGGAAGAUGAGGUUAGUUCAAAAUCGGAAGCGAAACCCAAGAAGGAAAAAUCCUACAGAGGAGUCCGGAGGAGGCCGUGGGGAAAAUUUGCAGCCGAGAUAAGGGAUUCCACUAGGAAUGGGAUAAGGGUUUGGUUGGGCACAUUUGACAGUGCAGAGGCCGCAGCUUUGGCUUAUGAUCAAGCCGCUUUCGCAAUGCGCGGUCAGGCUGCCAUUCUCAAUUUUCCGGUGGAAAGGGUACAAGAAUCGCUACGCGAAAUGAGGUAUAGCAUGGAGGAGGGGUGUUCGCCGGUCGUGGCUAUGAAGAAGAGACACUCCAUGAGGAGAAGAAGUGUGAGCAGGAAGAGUAAAGUGAGAGAAGCCAAGACAGAGAAUGUGGUGGUUUUGGAAGACUUGGGUGCAGAGUACUUGGAAGAGCUUUUGAGUUCAACAGAGUGUGCUAGCCCUUGCUGAAUCAAGAUUACUCUUUGUUUGUUUGUUUUUUUUCGCUUGUUUGUUUGUUUCUUUUUUUUUUUUUUUUUUUUGUGUGUGUUUUUUUUUUCUGGUACCCUAGUACUAGUUUUAAAAAACCCCAUUUGUAAUUUAUUUGUCUUUGCUCAUCAUGUUUUUGAGAUAGCAGAGGAUGUAAUGGUGGGAGUUUAUGAAAUUUGUAAAAUUUAAUUUUUUUUUUUACCUUUUUUGGGGUCUCUUUGUCAAGUUGAAUGUAGUGUUGGGAUUGUGGUAAUAUUAAACUAUUAGCUUCUA